AUGUUGUGCGGAGGCUCUGGUGCCUCCGUGCAUUUGUGGGACCAUCGUCAUCCUUUUACGCUUGGAUUUGGAUUUAAUGGUGCUCAGCGAUAUUCAUUCGUGCUCAGACCUUCUUUGGCUAGAUUACAACAGCGGAUGAAGUCUUCUUCGUCUAGGUCUCACUGCAAAACUCCAGGCCAAACCCCUGUUCCUCACGAUUGUUUCAGACAGGGAGAAGCUGAUCCUGAGCUUCCAGUUGAAGGUCUUUCGCCAGUUGCAGGAGGCAUUGUGGCUUUAGGGAAGUUUGAUGCGCUGCAUAUAGGCCAUAGAGAGCUUGCCAUUCAAGCUGCAAGAAUCGGUACGCCAUAUCUACUGUCAUUUGUUGGAAUGGCUGAAGUACUCGGCUGGAAACCUAGAGCACCAAUAGUAGCCAAAUGUGAUCGAAAACGUGUGCUUUCCUCUUGGUCCUCGUGUUGUGGGAACGUGGCACCAGUAGAGUUUGAGAUAGAAUUUGGCAGCGUUCGACAUCUCAACCCACAACAGUUUGUGGAGAAACUGUCAAGAGAGCUCAGAGUCUCCGGAGUUGUGGCAGGCGAAAAUUACCGGUUUGGAUAUAAAGCUUCUGGCGACUCCUCUGAGCUUGUGAGGUUAUGCGAAGAGUAUGGUCUCAGUGCUUACAUCAUCCACUCUGUGAUGGAUAAGAACCAAGUCUGUGGAACCGGAGAGAUACAGGAGGACUCAAAGUCAAAAGAAAGAGGACAAGUGUCGUCCACAAGAGUCCGUCAUGCUCUUGCUGCAGGAGAUGUGAGCUAUGUAAGAGAGCUUCUGGGGAGACCACACAGGCUUAUCUCAAGAGUGAGAGUUCAAGACAUAACGAGCAAAGGAAGGAGGAUCUCGCUUGAGACAUCGUCGCUGCUGAAUUUACCACCAGGGAAUGGAGUUUACAAAGCAUGUUCGCUUAUAGUUGGUGAUGAUGAGGAUCAUCCAGUUUCGUGUAAGGUUGUUGUGGAUUCUUUGAAUCUCCAUAUAGAAACAGAGGAAGUGCGUUUCCGUAACUCGGAUGGGUCUCAAGAGUUUUUGCUCUUAGGCGUUGAGUUCGGUUGA